AUGGCGUCCUCACGCGUUACCCAAAUCGGCAAUCACCUUGGACUGAGGAACUCACAAAUACCAGAUCCCCACCCUGCUGAACCAUACACAGUCGUCGAACAACCCCUCGGAACAGCCAAAAAAGUCCGCAUUAUUACAAUCGGCAGCGGCGCAAGCGGCCUCAACAUGAUCCGCACUUUUCGUCAGAAACUCACAAACUUCGAACACAUCGUCUACGAAAAGAACCCAGAAGUCGGAGGCACAUGGUACGAAAACCGCUAUCCGGGAUGCAAGUGCGAUAUACCCUCGCACAACUACCAAUUCUCCUGGAAGCCGAACAAGGAGUGGAGCAACUUUCUGUCUCCGGCGGAAGAGAUUCAGGCGUACUUGUGCCGAUUGUGUGACGAUGAGGACCUACGGCGCCAGAUCAAGACUAAUCAUCUCGUGACGGGAGCAUUGUGGGAUGAAGGUGCUGGGCGAUGGACGGUCAGGGUGAAGAAUUUGGAGGAUGAUGUGGAGUUUGAGGAUUAUUGCGAGUUUUUGCUGAACGCGAGUGGAAUUCUGAACAACUGGAAGUGGCCUGAUAUCCCCGGUUUGCACGACUUUUCUGGUUCCCUCCUUCAUAGCGCCGACUGGGAUGAGAAUUUUGACUGGAAAGGGAAAAGGGUAGCAGUUAUAGGCAACGGCUCAUCUGGAGUUCAGAUCGUUCCAGCUGUACAAAAAGGAAAGGCAAAGCAAACGAUGGAACGAAUCGAAUUGGAUGAUGACGAGAACUUCACACCGGCUCAGAUCGAGAAGUUCAAGGCAGACCCUGUGCUCUACAAGUCUUUCGUGAAGGCCAUAGAGGAGCAGGUUAACAAUAACUUCUUCCUAGAUAUCUGGGUCAAGGAUAUACCGAAAGCCUACAUGUCGUGCGCGGUUCCAGAGAUACCCAACUACUUUGUCUUUCUCGGCCCUAACGCCCCAAUUGGCCACGGCAGUGUCUUCACAAUAACCGAGCUCCUCGCAAAAUACAUUGCCGGCAUCAUCAAAAAAUGCCAAACUGAGGGCAUCAAAUCCAUCAGCCCCAGCCUCGAUGCAGUCAACGAACUACACGAACACACGCAAGCCUUCAUGCCGCGAACAGCGUGGGCUGGAUCCUGUAGAUCCUGGUUCAAAGGUGGUGCUGUGGACGGACCUGUCACGGCGCUGCACCCCGGGAGUAGAAUUCACUUUUUCCACAUGUUGGAGAACUUUAGAGGUGAGGAUUGGGACUAUGUGUAUGAGAAGAAAGGGAAUCGAUUUGCGUAUCUUGGCAACGGGCUGUCGACGAAGGAGUUGGAUGGGUCUGAUUCAACUUGGUACUUGAAUGAUCCUGACGGCGAUCAGGAGUGA